CCACAGCAAAAGCCGUAUUCCAUCUCUCUCCUUUCUCUUCACCUUCUUCCAGCGCACUGCACCCCGCCCCCUGCCACCUGUCCUCUCCCCAAAAAACUCUUCUCGCCGGACCAAACUUCUAUAAAGCACUUGUCAAUCGCUCUCCCCACCCAGCAAUUUAUCGCAUUUUACCCUGCACAACAGUCAAUCCAACAUGGAUUCUAUGCACCCCGACCCCACCCCCGGUAUCCCCCCUUCCCUUCCAGACCUCAAGGCUCAGGUAGCCCGUCUCGAGGCCUCUCACAAGGAGAAGGGCCUGCCUCUCUCUGGGCGCAUCAUCCACGUCAUGCACCAUCUCCCAGUCGAGAUCGUCCGUGUCGUUCCUGCCGACGCACUGGAGGCUGCAGGCAGCGGUGUCCUCUCCCCGCCCAUGACUCCCGAGUUCAAGCCUGAAGACGCCGAGACAACCGUAGAAAGCGCCAAGUGGCGUAUCCAUGCUAGGACUGCGCACCCCGCGCUGGUCUCUGGUAUCAAGAGCCUUUCUGACACCCACGACCAGGUGCUCGUUGCUUGGACGGGAGAGGUCCUGAUACAACCCGACAGCACGGCCAGCUCGCAGGCUCCUUCCAACAAAGGGACCUUCCCUUCCAUUGCCAGCAGCCUUGCGGCACCCUUCUCGGGAGCCACUGAAGCCCCCCCACCUCCUCCGCAGGAUGCCCCCCUGAUGGUCUUUGGCGGAGAGUUCAACGACACCGAUAGGAAGGAGCUCAAGUCGGAGCUCGACCGGUUCUCUCAGGCGGAGAGCGGAAAGGACAAGUCCGAGAAACUGCAGUACAUUCCUGUCUUCCUUCCCCCAGAUGUCAGUAAGGGACAUUACGAGGGCUUCUGCAAGAAGACGCUCUGGCCUUUAUUCCACUACCUCCUUUGGCUCGACUCUACUGCCACCGUCCCAUCGCCCGACCCCUCAUGGCUGGCCUACGAGAAGACGAAUCAAACAUUCGCCCAUGCUGUCGCCGAGGUCUACCGGCCUGGAGAUCUCAUCAUCUGUCACGACUACCACCUUCUUCUCGCCCCCAAGAUGAUUCGGGAGGCUCUUGGCCAGGUCUUCCACCCCAACGUCGGAUGGGGUACCGCCCACCCUUCGCCCUCCCACCUCCAAGCCAACAAGAAGUUUGACUGGGACAAGAACGAGGAGACUCCCCUUGCAGACAAGUCCAAGUCUGAAAAGUUGGGAGGAUUCUUGAACAACGUCGGUACUGCUUUGGGUCAGCAUCUCGGGGCGCUUGAGCACUUCCACGGUCAACCGACCGAAAUUAUGAUUGGCAUGUUCAUGCACACCCCCUGGCCAAGUUCGGAAAUCUUUAGGUGUUUGCCAAAGAGAAAGGAAAUCCUGGACGGUAUGCUCGGUGCCAACCUGGUCUCGUUCCAAACCUACUCUUACUCUCGACACUUUGUCUCCACCUGUAUCCGUGUCUGUGGUUACGAAUCCACACCCGGUGGUGUGGACGCCAACGGCCAGGUUACUGCUGUUGGCUACUGUCCUAUCGGUAUCGACAUUAAGCGUGUCAUUCACGAUCGCGACCAGGCCGGUGUCAUUCCCAAGAUGCAAGCCCUUCGGGCCUUGUACAAGGACAAGAAGAUCAUUGUCGGUCGCGAGAAGCUUGACGUCGCCAAGGGUGUUUAUAACAAACUCCAAGCGUUCGAAAAGUUCUUGCAGGUCUAUCCCGAAUGGAGAAACAAGGUGGUUCUGAUCCAAGUUACCACGCCGGCCUUGUCCGAGAGCCCCAAGCUCGAGCGAAUGACUGCCGAGUUGGUCAGCCAGAUCAAUGGUACUUAUGGUAGCUUGGAUUUCACUCCCGUGCAUCACUAUCACCAAGCGCUCGAGAAGGACGAAUACUUUGGCCUCCUCUCUGUCGCCGACUUGGCUCUCAUCACCUCUCUCCGAGACGGUAUGAACACUACCUCCAUGGAAUUCAUCCUCUGUCAAGACAAGACCGCCAAGUCUCCCCUCGUUCUGUCCGAGUUUAUGGGUACCGCCCCGUCCUUUGCUUCUGCGCUCCAAAUCAACCCUCACGACCUCUUGGGCGUUGCGCACGCCAUCAACAAGGGCUUGAGUAUGGGUGAGCAGGAGAAGGUUGAGAGGCACGCCAACUUGUUGGAAGGUGUCCUCGGGCACACUUCCCACACUUGGGCUGCUACCAUCCUCAAGCAACUCCUCGAAAAUGUUGGCGGGGAGCACACUGCUCACCAAACCCCUGCUUUGGACCUCUCCAAGUUUGUGGACGGGUACAAGAAGGCCAAGAAGCGUCUGUUGCUCUUCGACUAUGACGGUACUCUUACCCCUAUCGUCAAGGUCCCUGCACACGCUGUGCCUACCGAACAGACCCGAGAUGCCAUCGCCACUCUUGCCGAAGACCCCAAGAAUGUUGUCUACUUGAUCUCUGGUCGCGAUGGUGAUUUCCUUGAGGAGCACUGGGGCCACCUCAAGCGGUUGGGUAUGUCUGCCGAACACGGAAGCUUUGUCAAGCGGCCUGGAGAGGAUGAAUUCAUCAACAUGACCGAGUCGCUCGAUAUGAGCUGGAUGAGCGAAGUGGAAGAAAUCUUCAAGUACUACACCGAGCGAACCACCGGCAGUACUAUUGAAGUCAAGAAGGCGUCCAUCACCUGGCAUUACAGAAACUCUGACCCUGAUUUCGGAGACUUCCAGUGCAAGCAAUGUCUUGAUCUUUUGGAAAGCUCUCUUGCUCCUAGAAGACCAAUUGAGGGUGAGUCGUCUUUGGCAUGUGAGGAGGGUGGCACUAAUCAAACCAUAAAGUCUUGGUUGGCAAAAAGAAUCUCGAGGUCCGACCCCUGGCGGUUAACAAGGGUGAAAUCGUCAGGAGGUUGAUGUACGAGAACCCGGACGCAGACUUGAUCUUCUGUGCUGGUGACGACAAGACUGACGAGGACAUGUUCCGAGCCCUGCGAACCAUUUUCCCUCCCGGUGGCAUUGUCGACAACAAGGUCGUCAUGAAGCCUCCUGUGGCCGUGACUUCCACUUUGGAACCCGAAGAUGUUGCUGAGCUGCCCGAUGUCGAGCUCAGCAUCCGUCCCAACGAUGUGUUUGCUACCGCCGUGGGUCCACCUGCCAAGAAGACUCUUGCCAACUGGCAUGUCACUUGCCCCGAAGAGGUCGUCGAGGCUUUGGAGACUAUUUUGGAUGAGAAUGUCAUUGGUAUCUCUUCUGUAUAGAAGAGAGAUUCAAAUGGUAGAUGUGUAAAGAUUAUCAGGUUCCAGGCAGUUUACCACAUUAGCAUGUACUCUUUCUAUAACUAU